AAAGACAGAUAAAGAGAAGCAGACAGGAGGGGACACUGAAGGAGACAGAGAAGAGGAGAGGACGUCUCACACCGAGCUGCAAGGAUGAGUGAUGCAGGGAGCAUCUCGUCCAUGGAGGCACCUGAGGGGACGUUAACCAAGAAGGGUUCCAUCAAGAAGAAGAUUGAGUCAUUCCGGCGAUGGAGUUCAGCAAGCAUCAAGAGACCUCCAAAGCCAAAGACCAAGAGCUUGAGUCUGUCCUAUCCUGUGGGAGACCCUGAAGAGCUCUGGCUGCAGGAGGGAGACAAACGAAAACUGAGACCCAUUGUUGACUCUGUCUUUGGACAGGGAGCCUCAACUGUUGACCGAAGUGGUGCCCCAUCGGGUGUGGUCACGCACAGGGGCCUGAGUGUUUUGGGUGAUGGGGACACGGAGGACGAAGAUGGCAGUGGGAUUGUGCGACAGUUUAAUGGGCCUCUGUGCACGCUGGUUAAGAACUGCAACAUGCUGCACAACAUAGUGGGGCCGGCUUGUAUCUUCCUCAGAGAGGGCUUGGAACAGAGCCAGCUAGACAGAGAUCUCCGGCCAGAGGAGAUGGAAGAGCUGCGUGAGGCGUUUAAGGAGUUUGAUAAAGACAAGGACGGCUUUAUUAGCUAUAAGGACCUGGGCGAGUGCAUGAGGACGAUGGGAUACAUGCCCACGGAGAUGGAACUGAUUGAACUCAGCCAGCAGAUCUGUGGCGGCAGAGUGGACUUUGAGGACUUUGUGGAAUUGAUGGGACCCAAAAUGCUUGCAGAAACAGCAGAUAUGAUUGGAGUCAAGGAGCUGAGGGACGCCUUCAAAGAGUUUGACUCUGACGGUGACGGUCAGAUCAGCCUCGGAGAGCUGAGGGAAGCCAUGAAGAAGCUCAUGAGGGAGCAGCUCCACCAACGUGAGAUUGACGAGAUUCUUCGGGAUGUAGACCUCAAUGGGGACGGGCAGGUGGACUUUGAAGAGUUUGUUCGAAUGAUGUCUCGCUAACUGAUCUCCAUUGAGCCGCUGCUGCACGAUACACGAUACGGACCAGACAACACACUGUUGCUUUUCUAGUCUUUCUUCUUAAUCUACAAAUACCUCUUGAUGUCUGUAUUUUCUUUUCCCCUGCUUCCAUUGUCUCUCCAACAUUUGAGAAUCCCUUCAUUGUGACGCUUCAUACGAAAUCACAAAUGUGGUCAUGAUAUGAAAAAGUCAUGAAAGAUUUUGAAUGACUGUAA